AUGUUUCAUUUUAUACAUUUCAAACUACAGUUCUAUUUGAAUGACUCCCUAGUUUACGGAAAUCAUUCAAGAUUAUUUUCAAGUAAAAGUGUCGCUUCCAGUUCCCGUUCUUACAACUACGUAGAUGAAGACAUGAAGCUGAUGGAGCAGAUGGAGAAUAAUAGCAAAGCUGAAUACACCGAGUACAUCCCCGAGGAGCAGACCGAAACGAGGUACCCUGUAACUGAUCCGAGGAAACCCUUCGUCUGCCAGCACUGUGGCAUUGGUUUUGCUCGAGAGAAGGCCAUGCUUUCACACACCCGAGUCCAUGCCGAGGGCGACAGUCCUUUCGAGUGCCAGAAGUGCGGCGAGAUGUUUUGGGACCCUGUUCAGAUGCGUGAACAUGCCAAGCAGAAGCACGGGGACGUGGAGGACUUUGAUGAUGAUGAGGACGAGGACUAUUCGGAGGAGGAAACCAAAUAUGGAACAUUCUACUGCACGACCUGCGGCCUGUCCUUUCACCGGCAGGACAAACUGAGAAGCCACCAGCGUGUCCAUAUCAAGGAGGAGUUUGUGAACGAACACGAGUUUGGCCAUAUAUGCAACGUCUGCGGAGAAUCCUUCCAGGAGGCUCUCGAUUUGUUGGCCCACGCAGAGGUGCAUGCUAGGGGAACGGAGCAUCGGUGCAUGAUUUGCGGGGAGAGCGGAGCCGAUGAAAAUGCUGUCGCUGUCCAUGUUCAGGUAAACUAA